AGAGACCUAAACCUCUUCUGACUGUUCAACCUGAACCAUCCCAGAUAUUCAUUGGAGAUACAGUCACUCUCACAUGUGGCAUACAGGGUGACGGUUGGACAUACACAUGGCGGUGUGGAGGCAGAGAGCAGGCCUCUAAGAAGAAAGAGUUCAACAUCACUGCAGUGUCCAAACAGAAAUGCAAGUGUUGUGGCAAGAGACAAUCAGACACCUCUGAAUGGAGUGAUGAAGUGACUCUGACUGUGUUGGAAGACAUGGACAAACCCAAAAUAACUGUAAAGCCCCAGAGUUCAGUGUUCACUGGAGACACAGUUACUCUGAGCUGUGAAGUGGGACAGUCAACUGGAUGGACAAUUUUCUGGUUCAAAGACUUCACGAGAAUAAAAACUGGUGAUGAAAUGGAAAUACUGAGUAAUGUGAGUAUCUCUAAUGGAGGACAGUAUGGGUGCAGUGCAAGAAAAGGAAAGUAUUUCACAAUUCAAAGUCAAAGAGUUGUGAUAACAGUAAGUGAGAGACCCAAGCCUGCAUUGCAUGUUCAGCCUGAUGGACAUGUGUUCAGAGGACAGACGGUCACUCUCACAUGUGACAUACAGGAGACAGACGUGAGCAGCUGGAGCUACAACUGGAAUAAAGAUGAUUCAGUGAUUCAUGUCAGUCAAUCACAGGAAUACCGAAUCAGUUCUGUUAAUGAAUCUCACACGGGUAAUUACAGCUGUGCUGGAAGAGAAACCCAAAGAUCACGAUACUCACACACCAGUGAUAAAGUUUCACUGACCGUAUCAGCUCCAUCAUCAGUUCUCAAACUGCUCAGUUUUCUGCUGGCAGCUUCUCCAUAUCUGCUAGUGUCCGUCAUACUGGGAGUCAAGUGCUACAGAGCCUAUGUUGUCACAGAGGAGUGAAAAUCUACAGCUGUGAUGAAUGAACCCCAUCAGUAUUCUGUUUUUCUGUUUAACAGUAUUUUUGGGUCUGAAUUAGACAAUAAUCUCUAAGUUCAAAUGAACUCGAGUCUUGAGUCACAUUAGUUUACUCUUUUAAAUCUUUGCAUUAAACACUGUAAAACUUCUAAGCCAAAUUCUAACAGUAACAUACCAUUGAAAACAAUGCAUUGUAUAUUGUUUCCUUCUGUUAAAACAACUGCACUGAGUACACUGCACCUGUCUGAGUGCCAU